UUGCCGCGUUGAGUGUCGCCGCCCGCGGAAGUUUCCGACAGGCUUUUUCUGCGUGUUUCAGAGGGAUUUAGUGCGUCUGACUGGCGCUGAAGAAACACACAACCAUCCGCGAACAACAACAACAACAUCAGCCACCGGAGCUGGAGCUGUGCCGCAGACGCGCGACGUUCUGUUCCGGCGAUGAUUCCCUGACCUCGUCCCGUGGAGAAGAAGUCCUGCAGCAUUCCCGAGGAUCCGGCGGCGUUCCGGUCAUGUCCUCCGUCCCGCCGGAGAGUUCCCAGCUUGUGGAGGAGUGGCUGAACGCCCUCCGGCUCGACCAGUACUGCUCCGUCUUCCAGGAGGCGGGGCUGGGAACGCUGUGGGAGUGUCAGGAUCUAAGCUCCGCCCAGUUGCAGCGGAUGGGCGUGGCUCUGCCCGGCCACAGGAAGCGGAUCCUCGGCAGCCUGCACAAGCUCUUCCCCUCGGCGGCGGGGAUGGAGGAGGACGAGGAGCGAGAGGAGGACAGGCCCGUCGCCCGAGAGAGGACCAAAUUCAGAAGGACUGCAAACGACGGGGUGACGGAAAACAGCGUCGCAGGUAGACACCCGCCUCCCGUCCCGCCUCGGGUCAUGCCCAAUCGGCCACCCGUUCCCUUCACGCCCGGAUCAGUAACCAUGGCGACCACUCCUGAGCCUAUCAGCAUCCCUGAACAAAAGGAAACGCCCACACCUGCCGGACGAGCCAAGCCCAUCCCAACUCCAAGGCCACGCCCAGAACACCUGACUCUUAAAGGGCCGGCGCAGCAACUCCAGACGAGUGAGAGGAAACCGUCCCGUGUGUCUCCCUCAUCCUCCUCAUCGGAGCGCUUCCACCUGUACGAACAGUGUUCGUCUCCCGCUCAGGGAGAAGUGGGCGUUCCUCCUCUUCCUCCUAAGAGCUACACCGUGGGUGUCUCUAAAGAGCCCAGAGACGUCCCGUACAGACCCCCUGUUCCACCGCCUCGCGUCUGCAGCACGACUACGAAUCCCAGAAGCACGUCAUCCGGAAGCCCGCCCACUUUCAGACUGUCCUGUGAGCCGAGUAAUGACGAAGCUUCCUCUGUCUGCUCCUCCAGCUCUCCUGCAGAUGAUCCACCCAGCACGGAUCGAGUCCCAGACGUCCCGCUUCGAAUGAUCAGACCUCCAAACGAGAGCUCAAAGAGAGACGUCCCACCGCUGCCGCCGCCGCUCAGAAACAAGUUGGACUCGGAUGAAAGUUCAGAUGAAUAUGACGAGCGUGAGCCCAGCAGAGACGCUAAACACAUAGAUAUGGCCAGCAAGAUGUCCUUGAUGGUUCCCAAGGUAACGAAACCCCGUUACAGCAGCCUGUGCAGCGACGACGAGCUACUAGAUGAUGAAACCAACUGUUACGAGUCAGUGUCCGAGAAACGGGGUUCAUGGAUCGAAGAUUUGGGUUCGAUCUCCGGCUCUCAGAACAGCAUCUACCUGCCAAACACAGGCCACGUUAGUGCUCCGCCGCCUCGGGAAGACCUCGACUCCACCAGCGUCCCAGUUAUUAAAGUGGGCUGGCUGGACAAGAAUCCUCCUCAGGGGUGCGUGCGUGUUUUGUUUUCACACUGACUUUUGAACAUCUCAAGAUUU